AUGCAGGGCCAGCCGGGUUCAACUGCGAGGCCGACGCCCAACCGCCGAGACCUGCGCAAGUAUGCCCGGCUCUUUGUGAAGACGGACCAGGAUGGCGACGGCUUCGUCAGCAGUGACGAGGCAUAUUCUCUAUUUACGAAGUCGCAGCUGCCAGAGCAUACUCUGCAACAAGUUUGGGUUUUAUCCAAUGUAAGUGGGAGUGGCAUGCUGAGCUUCCCAGAGUUCAUCGCUGCCAUGCACCUGAUACGCGAAGCUCGCCAGACACAGCAGAGCCCAACGGCCAUCUCGGGGGAACUUUCAGCCUUCCUCGGGGGUAUUUCGGAGUCUGCACAGGAUUUGUCUUUGGAAGGAAACUCGCGGUCUGCCCGUACCUUGCGGUCGCCCGUGGCCUUCCAGGGCGCGGGCUCCAGCCCGCAUUUCGGCCACGCCCUGCCCGCCGCGCCCGCCGAGUCCUUCGGUCUUAGCCACUCGCCGGAACUGCCGGAGUUGCCACAGACGCCGUUCCAGCCCGAGCCCGAGGAUCCCGCGGCCGGUCUCGAGGAUGGCAAGAAGAAGAAGGGUCGGAAGAAGGACAGAAAGGAGAAGAAGGAGACACCUGGUCCGGAUCAGGGUCAGCCUGAGGUCUCGGAGCCUUGGGACUCGGGCAAGGUCGGUUCUGCAGCCGAACCCGACUUUGGAAGUGCAGCUGCCAACUGGACCACUUUUGGAGACCAGCACACUCCUCCCGAAGCUGGCAAGGAGAAGAAGGAGAAGAAGGAGAGAAAGGAGAGGAAAGACAGAGACAGGGGACAGCAAUGGGACAAAGACAUUAAGGACGACGGGCAGACGAGGUUUCAGCCUCAAGCAAGCGCAGCUUGGCCGUCCACCGACGAACACUGGUCCAAACCUCUGCCUCCGGAAAAUCCAUCUUUAGGUGGCUUCGGUGGCUUCGGAACAGCUGGCGGAGCUUUACAAGCGAGUCAACCUCAAACCCGCAUGGGCCUGCGCUUUGACUUAGACUUCGGCAAGAAUGCAGAUCCUGACUACAUGGCGAGGCUGCAGGAGAUCCAUCUUCGUCCGGACUCACCUCCCGUGACCUCUCCCAAAAAGGCCGAAGCUGAUGGGUGGGCAGGGCGCCGACAUGAUGGGCACUUCGAGAAGAGGUACGAGACCGCCUACAAGCACAUGGGGGAUUACGCCAGCCCCGCACUUCAUGUUGCACUGAUGGGUUUCCGCUCGGCCCAAACCCAGGCCCAGGCCCCGGCAGUGCUGCCGGAACCAGGGAGGCCUUUUCUGAAGACAAUGACACCCCACUUCACAGUGCAGCCACCCAUGCCACCCACGAGGGUUUUGGAGGUCGGGAAAGAGGCAAUGACCCGAAGCCUGGGACGUCUGACUUUUGCACCCAUGACGGCUGCCUGA